AUGGAUUACAGCACUACCAACAGGACUUCCAUUCCUGUGCGUACCACCUCGGCCGAUCAAGGGGUAAACCAAGUUGGCUUGGAUUCAUCGGUAGCUGCUAUGGUCGAGAGAGUUAGGGAAGAGUUGAGGCAAGAGAUGAGGCAGGAGUUGAGUGAGAUAAAGAAGAAAGUUGAUAGGUGCGAGGUUUGCAGAGGAGGUCAUGAUACUAUUGAGUGUCCUACGCUUACGCUCGAGGAGGUCGAGUACAUAUCCGGUCAGUAUAUGGGUCCCACGAAUCCGUUCCAUAAUUAUAACUCUAACUGGCGCGGUAGUGGUAAUACGAGUGGUUAUCGUUCAUCUGGAAAUCCUCCUGGUUUUCCAUCUGGUCAGUAUCGGAGUCGAGGGCCUGGUAUUUACACGAGUUCUGGUUCAGGUCAGGGUGGGCAGUUUAGUGGAUCAGGUUCGAGUGGGCAGUUUACGAGUGGGGGAUCGACUCAGGAGAGUCAAGGUAGUGGAAAGGCUCCUGAGGGUAGUAUGAGUAGGGUGGAGGAGAUGUUCGCCCAGAUGAUGUCACAAAAUCAGGCGACACAGAAGUCUCUCACUGAUUUCCUCAAGAGUAAGCAGUCCACUCUUCUCGAUCUUCAGAGAACAGUAGGUGGACUUGCUAAGCAGUUGCAGGAGCAUCCGCCGGGUCAGUUUUCGGGAAACACUUUCACGAAUCCCGCGAAUCAUUCAGCGAAGGCUAUUACGACCCGCAGUGGGAAGAGUUUGGGAGAGGUUGUGAGAGAGAGAGUUGAGGAAGAGGAAGAGGAUGAAGUCGAUGAGGAGAUCGAGAUGGAGGCUCCAGGAAAGGUGCACAUGAGGCUAGACCCGGCAAGUACCGCACACGCCGAGGAGUCACCAGUAGAGAAGAAAGUGGAGAAGCAGCCGACGAAGGUUCGGCCAUCACCAGUGAUUGAUUAUUCUCGCCUUCCGUUUCCCGCCCGCGCUAAGCAGCAGAAGUAUGCUCAGGAAUACGGGAAAUUCCUUGAGAUGUUCACGCAGUUGAAAAUCAAUCUUCCGUUUAUCGAGGCGAUUCAAUCUAUGCCUAAGUAUGCUAAAUUUCUCAAAGAUCUUUUGAAGCGCAAGGAGAGGAUUGGUGAGCUUUCGAAUAUUCCAUUGACAGGAGGUUGUUCCGCGGUAGUCUUGAAUAAGUUGCCAGAGAAAUUAACCGAUCCUGGUACUUUCACGAUUACAUGUUUCUUUGGGGGAGACGUUACCCCCGCUCACGCUCUAGCCGAUUUAGGGGCCAGCAUCAAUCUGAUGCCGUUUUCGUUGGACGAGCGGCUUGGUUUAGGAGAGUUGACACGCACGCGUAUGUCGUUGUCUUUGGCUGACCGAUCAGUCAAGUAUCCUCGUGGGAUAGUGGAGAAUUUGUUGGUUAAAGUGGAUAAGUUCGUGUUUCCAGUGGAUUUCGUUGUGCUCGAUAUGGAGGCUGAUGAGAGAGUUCCUAUUAUUCUGGGCCGUCCAUUCCUUAGAACCGCCAAGGCGAUCAUCGACGUCUUUAACGGUAACAUUUCUCUUCGAGCGGGUGACGAGAUUGUCACAUUCGAGAUUGAUAGAGCGAUGCAGCAUCCAGGAGGUCGAGAUGAUGAUAUCGGGCCGUGUCAUUCUGUUUACUUUCUAAAUUCUUUCAUAUCUUGUGUCGACACGUGUUUCGAGUACAUCAGUGGAGCUGAUUUAGUAGGCGAGGGAGUUGUUGACGAGCAUGAUGAGGAGAAGGUUGAAGAAGUUGAGGAGGAGCAGUUAGAUGAGGAUGAUGAGUUGUGUGUUCCUGAGCCGUUGGAGCUCGACGCGAUUAGAGAUGAGAGUACUCCUGUAGAGAUUCCACCGCCUUUAGAACUUAAGGUUCUUCCAUCACAUCUUGAGUACGCAUUUCUAGGAAAGAAUCCAAAUAUGCCUGUCAUCAUAUCUUCGAAAUUGACAGAGGAGGAGAAAGUGAGGUUGAUUGAGGUGCUGAGAGAGCACAGUGAUGCGAUUGCCUGGAGGCUAUCUGAUAUCAAGGGCAUCAGCCCUACUUUUUGCACGCAUCGCAUUCUGAUGGAGGAUGUUUACAAGCCUGUAGUGCAGCCGCAGCGUCGUUUGAAUCCGAAUAUGCAGGAUGUCGUUAGGAAGGAAGUGAUGAAGUUGUUAGACUCUGGUUUGAUUUACCCGAUUUCCGAUUCAGCUUGGGACAUGGUCGAGAGUUCGAUGGAGGUAUUUAUGGACGACUUUUCAGUGUACGGUAGUUCUUUCGAUCAGUGCUUGAUGAAUUUGGAGAAAAUGUUGAAGAGAUGUGUGGAGACGAAGCUGAUGUUGAAUUGGGAGAAGGGUCACUUCAUGGUGACUGAGGGCGAAGAUAGGUACGAUCAGCCAGCCCCUCCGCCCACUAGUGUCAAGUCGGUUCGUAGUUUUCUCGGUCAUGUGGGAUUUUAUAGGCGCUUUAUCAAGGAUUUUUCUAAAAUUACAAGCCCCAUGACGCGAUUGUUGGAGAAGGACAUUCCUUUUGUCUUUGACGAGGAUUGCCUCAAGGCGUUUGAGUUUCUGAAGGAGAAGUUGGUGACUGCACUGAUUCUCGUGUCACCUGACUGGAGCUUACCAUUCGAGCUUAUGUGCGAUGUGAGCGAUUACGCAGUUGGUGCGGUGUUAGGGCAGAGACGGGAGAAUCAUUUUCACCCGAUUUACUACACGAGUAAAACUUUGAAUGAUGCCCAGGAAAAUUACACCACCACGGAGAAGGAGUUGUUGGCAGUUGUCUUUGCGUUCGACAAGUUCCGUUCGUACCUUGUUCUUUCGAAAACCGUUGUGUUUACCGACCAUUCCGCUCUGCGUUAUUUGUUUCAGAAGAAGGACGCGAAACCGCACCUUAUACGAUGGAUUCUGCUUCUUUCCGAGUUCGAUAUUGAAAUUAAGGAUAAAAAGGGGCAGAGAAUGUGGCGGCAGACCACUUGUCCCGCUUAG